AUCUCCCCCGCCGCCACCCUGAAGUUCAUUGUUAUUAUCUUGGCCGCCGGGAUGGUGGCCUUCAUCGGAGCGGUAAUCUGCAUCAUCGCAGCCGUCCACACCGGUAACUCUAGGGCUGCCGCGGCACAACAGCAACCGGCCACCGACAACCACUCGCUGUAUCCGGACGCGGUGGCGCAGAGCCCCGCUGCAGCGGGCUCCGUGGCCCGGGCCGGAUCUUUGGGCGCUCUCCAUGUUUCUGAAACGCCCGAUUCGGAAGCACCGACCUUCAACAUCGGACUCAGCGGGCUGGACGGGGUCACCGGACUCACGGGUCACGACCCGACGGUCAGUCGACUCAUCUGCACGCCGAUCCCCGCCGGGGAGUGCAACCCGAAGAACUUUCAGCAACAAGCGGAAGACCCGUCGCUGUACGCGGGGGAAGACUGGGGCUACCUCCGCACCACCGCGGAAGAGCUCCGGCAGACCGUUCUGCAGCAAAAGGACCAGAUAUUAACGGACCAGCGGACCAUCAGGGAGCUGACGGGGAAACUAUCCGAGUGCGAGAAGGGGCUGGACGGCAGGAGCAGCGGCGCAGACAGACGCCGGAGCGCUGCGGGGCUGUGGGGGGGCAAAAGCACGGCGGAGGAGACGCACCUGGAGCGGGUCAUGGUGCGGGACAGCCCGGGUUCGACGCCCGACGGCGUUCACCUGCUCACCGUCAGGGCUGUGGAUGAGCUGGAGCAGGCUAUCACUCAGCUCAAAGACCGCAUAGAGAAACUGGAGUCAGACAUCGGCCCAUUUCCUCACAACCAGACGGACAGCAGCACCUCAGGAGCGCCAGUGGAAGGCGGCUUGUUGGGCGGCCUGGAAAGGUUGGCCGAUCCCGGGCACAGAGCCGGUGCGGACAGGCCCUGGAGGAUGGAAGACUUGGAGGGGGAGCUGGAGAAGAAGGUGGAGCUGCUGGAGAAAGAGAGAAAAACCAUGAGGCUGGAAACAGAGAAGCACAGGCAGGAAAUCGACCGGGGCAUCAAUAAACUACACCAUCGACUCUCAGGGCUGGAGGGAGGUGUCUCAUGGCAUUCUUUCCCAGAGGGCUACAGGCUGUCCUUCCCAACUCGGACGAACUACAUGUACGCUGUUGUGAAACACUCCAUCCCGGCGCUGCGGGCCUUCACCGUCUGCCUGUGGCUGCGGCCCGCGGAGGGAGGGAUCGGGACGCCUCUUUCUUAUGCUGUUUCCGAGCAACCCAACGAACUGGUGCUGCUGCAAGGCCUGCACACCCCCACUGAGCUGCUCAUCAAUGACAAGGUGGCGCAGUUGCCUCUAAACCUCUCCAGAGGCAGCUGGCAGCACAUCUGCGUGAGCUGGAGCCAGAAGGGAGGAGCCUGGCAGGCCUACCAGGGGGGAAAGCUGCGGGGCGAGGGCCACGCGCUGGCAGCCGGACAUCACGUCCGACCUGGAGGAGUGCUCAUGCUGGGGCAGGAGCAGGAUUCUCUGGGCGGAGGGUUUGACUCAUCCCAGGCCCUGGUUGGGGAGUUGUCCCAGGUGGGUCUUUGGGACCGGGUCCUGUCUGCUAACCAGGUGGCCAGCUUGGCCCGCUGUGGCAGGGUCACCCAGGGCAGCGUGGCCCCCUGGACCGAGAACGGAGUUGAGGUUUACGGUGGAGCGACCAAGGACCCGGGAGAGCCUUGUAGUAAACACGACAGGAGUUCUCAAUGACCGAUGGGGCAAAGGGAAGGGACAGAAAGAAGGGAGGGGUAAAGUUGUAGCCCUUUCAAGAAAGUAGGAUUCUGACCAUUAUUAGCACUGCUACAGAAUUUUUUUAACAUCUAUGUGUGGCAUGGACUGACAAGUUUGUAAAAAAUGGAAAAUUGAUGGUAUGCAUAUCUAUAUGACGUGAGUACUUGAGGGUUUGCAGUUACUUUACCACACUUCUAGUAAUCAAUGGAGGCCCACUGGAAAAUUGUGCAAUACAAGAUGAGAUUCCUCAUAAAUAAAGCUUAUUAGAUUCAUGUCCAGCUUCAGGCCACACUAAACAAUUUUGUCAUUGGUCCAAGCUAAUGUAAGCAAAUAAUGUAAACAUUAACUCUGUGAAUACUUGGAAGCAAUUGAACCUGCUGCUGGUUAUUCACUGGUGAGCAAACGGAAAAGCAACGACACAGUGAUGGUCAGCUGACCAAAAGUAGUAUGAUUAGGUAACAAACAGUUUUUUAACCUUUAGAGGAAUUGUGAACAUUUUGGAAAAUAUGCCUAUUUGCUUCCUUGCUCAUGUCUGUACAGUAAAUCAGCAGCCAGCUAACUUAGCUUAGCAUGAAGAAUAAAAAACGUGGGUAAAUGUUACCCUGGCUCCGUCCAAAAGUAACGAGAUCUACCUACCAGCAUCUCUAAAGCUCACCAAUUAACAUGUGAUAUUUUGUUUCUUUAAUCAGCACAAAUAUUUAUUAAAAUUUGUCGUUUUAAGACUUUGUUGUUUUGUACAAACACGUUCAUUUGUGAGCUUUAGGCGAAAUGUGUUACGUUUGGACAAAGCCGUGCUAGCCUUUUCCACCUGUUACCAGUAUUUAUGCUAAGCAAAGCCGGCAUGCAUAGCUACAUGCGAGUGACUCUUCUUACCAAACGCUCAAGAAAGACCCUCAAGAACGCAAACAAGCGUAUUUCCUGAAAUGUUGAACAGAAAUAUUGAAUCAGAUUAGAGGAGCUGAUAAAACUGUGCAAACAUGCCCACUAUCUAUAUUUAUUCCUUUGAGACGGCCGAGUUGGGAGAACUUCAAUGGGUCGUUCACAGCUGCUGUAGAACAAGAGUUGUUGACCUCCACUGUGGCUGCCAGACCUUGUGUAAAACCUCUGAAAUCCCUCCAUGAGUGCAGCAGGGUCUGGGUGGAGUUAAUUAAGAGCCGCGACAGCUUUAGAGUAGGGAGUCAAGGUAAGGCGAUGAAAAGUGGUGGAGAAAGUGGUGGGAAUAUUAAGUAGUAGAUGGCACCAAGGGAUGGAUGAUGAAAGAGAAGGGAAAGGGGGGGUGGGCACUUUUAAGGAUUGAUGCCACAUUGUUUUCACCUCUGCAUGAUGUAUUCAUAUACCUGUGAUGUCUUGCCACUGCACAGUGCCUCCUGCAUCCAUGGCUGGUAGGUGGCUGUCUUUGUCUAUUAAGGCCCAAGGGUCUCUAAAUAAGUUAGUGAACAAAUCUAAAACAAGUCUUAUUCCCGAAGGAAUUCACCACCGCUAGCAGAAUGCUACUCUUUGUUGGGGAGGGGGGCAUUUUAUAUAUAUUUCUGAAAAGCCUUUGCCCCAUUUUAUGUCAUAUGUCGGUGCUUCAGCUUGCACUCUUUAAGUUAUUUUUUUUAAAAAUACACAACAUUGAAAUUGACAUUACGCACUCACAGUCAUUUUAACAAUCCUGGAUGCUGACUGCUUCUCCUUUGCCAUUUUAUACGUGCAGCCACUCAAUAAUGUGGUUUGAUGAAUUAACAACCUGCAACCUCCAACUCUUCCAACCUUCCGACAUUCCAUGCAUGAGUUGUACUGUAUGUUUAUUAUAUGCCUCGGUGCAUCCAUGUUUCUGAAAAAUCCAUCUCUGGUCUCUUUGAUGGUUAUUCUUCACUGUUGUGUGAGACGUGAUGUUAAAUACAGAUUUGUCCAUUUCACAAUUUCUAUUAAAAACUGGCUCUCCCUAUAGCAUAAAAAAAAUAUCCUUAGUGGAAAGUGCCUGUCCGGGUGUUCGAACCCAUGUAAACAAAUCAUCUAAUUUAACGUCCUGAUGGAGAAUUCACACUGCGAGGUAUUUUGAGCUAAUUAAGCAUCAGUGGUUUCUGUGAACUCCCUGGUGGAUUUUUAAGAUUGAAGAGGUUUGAUAAAACAUUUAAAAACACAGGACUUCUUUUUGCAGUUCCGCCAAACUGAUGCUAAAUCAGGUCAAAAUUAUCUUGCUGUGCCUAAUAGUGUCUUUGAUGAUGCCUCUCAGUCUGCUGUGUUGUUGAUAUUAUAUGCCUGGUGUCUGUUCAGCUUGUUUCAGAGCUUUUUUUUUUUUUAGGCUUUUUGAUAGUGGUGUGGCAUUACUCUCUUUACAGUCUAUUGGCAAUGUUUUUCUUACAUGACAUCAGUUUUUUUUCCACUGUAUGCAUUGGUAUUUGUCUAUUUUCAUGUUGUAGUUUGUAUAAAUACUGUACGUCCACGUCUUGUACGGUGUUGUAUUGUUCUGCAUAUUUGCUGUGUACAAACCUCAAAUCUUUAUUAAAGUCCUACUUUUCAGAUCAAAAGAAUGUCAUUAUUUUCACAAUAUCUUUUAUCAUGUCCACUUCAGAAAAGAAGUGCAGUUGAUUAAGUCUACAAGUGAUUCUGUCAGCUCUCUUAUUCAAGGACACGCGCACACACUUGUGAUUCAAGGGCAGCAGCUACAAAACGUGCUGUGAGAGCCUCCGACACCACCAGGCUCCACAAGAAAAAUACUUGACAGCAAAAAAAACAUAUAUUUCUUUGCUCUCCUUGUUCAUUCUCCUCCCAUAAGAAUUAAAGGCGAGAGUUUUAAAGAGGAAAGCCCAGAGCCAUCUCCCUUGGGUGCAGCACGUACAGAUGUGAGUUGAGAGUAAAUUUAGGAUUUGGGAUACC